AUGGAGUUCAUGGCUGUUGACGCAGUAGGGAAUGCAGGUGGGCUGUUGUGUAUUUGGAAACCUGAGGUUUUCUCUUUGUCAGAUUGUUGUUGCAGCAAGAAUUUCAUUUUGCUCUCAGGUAUCACUUCUCUAAACUUUAGCUGUAUUAUUGUCAAUGUUUAUGCUUCUAAUGAUUUGCUGAAAAGGAGGAGACUGUGGGAACUAUUAUGCAGUCUUAGAACCACUUUCACUCAUCCUUGGUGUAUUGGGGGUGAUUUCAAUGAAUUCAAAAGUAUAGGGGAAAUGAAGGGUUAUGUCAGAAGGGAUGUGGGGAUGAAGGAUUUCGAAAAUUUUAUUGAAAAAAUUGGAGGGUUAGACUUACCAAUGUUGGGCAGAAGAUACACCUGGGGUAGUUCUCAGGAUGGUGAUAGGUGGAGCAGAAUUGAUAGGUUCAUUUUAAAUCCUGAGUGGCUUGAAUAUUUUAGGUUCAAACUUUGGGGUUUGCCUAGAUCCUUGUCUGAUCACUGUCCUCUGUUGCUAAUGGAGGAUGAGAGGGUUUGGGGUUACAUCCUAAAGAAGAAGUUACAAGCUCUUAAACUGUGUCUGAAAAAAUGGAAUAAGGAGGUAUUUGGUAACAUCAAUGAAAAUCUCCAGGAGAAGGAAGCUGAACUUCACUCAUGGGACUUGCUAGCUGAGGUUAGAACUCUCCAAGUUGAUGAAUCUGCUAGAAGGAUGGAAUUACUAGGGGAAGUUUGGAAAUUGAGAAAGAUGGAUGAGAGAUUAUGGUUACAGAAAUCUAGGCUUAUCUGGUCAUUGAAAGGUGAUAAGAACACUAGGCUCUUCCACAUUACUGCCACAAACAGACAUAACAGAAAUUCACUGGAUUCAAUAGAAGUCAAUGGGAUCUCAGUGGUGCAACCUGUUGAAAUCAAAACUGCUGAGGCCUCUUCUGUUAAUGCAAGCAGGGGGGAUGAGCACUAUGUUGACAAUGGUGUAAUCCUCAGGGAAGAAGAUGAUGAGGUGGCAAUGACUGCUGAGGUGGAGCCUGUAAGGAACUCUGGCGGUGGCGUGUGUAUACAAGGAGCAUUAAAGGAAAAGGAGUUGUCGGGUAAUGAUAGUCUGAUGGCUAUCUCUGUAGUAAAGGAGACGGCUCGGGACUUGGAGAAGACGAGUAGUGGAGACCCUUUUGACACGGUGAAUUGGGAGUUCUUAUUUGAUUUGCUUGCAAAGUUUGGUUUUGGUUCAAAAUGGCUGGGCUGGAUGAAAACUUGCUUAUCAACUACAUGUAUUUCCAUCCUUGUCAAUGGCUCACCUACUGAUGAAAUCCAACCGGAAAGAGGUCUCAGACAGGGCGAUCCACUCUCACCCUUCCUCUUCAAUAUUGUAGCAGAGGGGUUGAAUAUCUUACUAUCAAGAGCUAAGGUUAUGCGCUUAAUUAAAGGUGCUAAUGUUGGACCUAAUGGGCUGGAAUUCACUCACUUGCAAUUCGUUGAUGACACCAUUCUCUUUUGCGAGGCAGAUUCAAUGGAAAUCACAACUUUAAAAAGGAUACUUAGAUGUUUCGAGAUUAUGUCAGGUCUGAAAAUUAAUUUCCACAAAAGUGUUGUUUGUGGUAUUGGAAUCUCUGAGACUUUAGUCAAUGACUUCUCAUCAAAACUGAACUGUCUCACUCAGAAGCUACCAUUGAAGUAUCUUGGUCUUCCACUUGGUGCCAAUCCUAGAAGGAAAGCUACCUGGAAACCGGUUCUGGAUAAAUUUAAAAGUAAGCUUUCUGGAUGGAAAAAAAGACUUUUAUCGUUUGCUGGAAGACUCACCCUUAUUAAGUCAGUUUUAUCAAACCUCCCAAUCUUCUACCUUUCCCUGUUUAAAAUGCCAAAGGGUGUAAUCAAAGAGGUGGAUAAAAUUCAAGCUUCUUUUCUGUGGGGCGACACCGAGGUCAAAAGAAAGGUCCACUUGGUCAAUUGGAAGGUUGUCUCUAUGUCACAAAAUCAAGGAGGAUUAGGUGUUAGAAGUUUGGGUCAAGACAUUAUGGGUUUAGCUGCUGAUAACCCUACCUUACUCAACUAUUUCUUGGUUAACUCAGAAUUGGUUGUUGGUAAUGGGGCCAAUAUCUCAUUCUGGAAGGAUGGUUGGCUAGGUGGUGACUGUCUUCAAUCCCUCUUUCCUAGACUAUUUUGUCUUUCUUCUGAUAAAGAUGGUUCUCUUAAAGAUUUCAUGGAUAGAAAAAGUAGCUACCCCAACUGGAACUUAACCUUUAGGAGACCUCUGUUGGCUUGGGAAGAGGAGGAAGUCCAAAAUUUGCAAGUCCUACUGGGCAAUGGGCCAUUAUUAAGGCAUGAGGUGGAGGAUGGUAUGAGAUGGAAAGCUUCGAAUCAGGGUGCCUUUAGAUCAUGUGACUUAUUCUGUUGGUUGCAGUCUAAUAGAGGUCCAGUUGUGCCCAUGCCUAAACUUAUCUGGAAUAACAUCGCACCACCAAAAGUUCAAUUUUUUUCUUGGCUGGCUUGGAAAGGCAGAAUCAAAACAUCUGUGUUCCUUCAUAGCAUUGGCGUUCUUAGAGGCGAGGCCGUUACUCAUUGUCACUUUUGCAGAGAAGAACCUGAGUCCCUUAACCAUGUUUUACUCCUUUGCCCCUUUACCUGGAAAAUUUGGUCUGACAUUAUAGAUUGGUGGGGUUUUCUCUGGGUAUGCCCAGGCUCUGUGGUGGCCUUACUUGAUUGGUGGAGUGGCACCAAAAUCAGAAAGAAGGAACUCCAAAUAUGGAGAGCCUUACCACUUGCUGUUUUAUGGUCAAUUUGGAAGCUCAGGAACGACUGUGUGUUUAAUAGUGCUCAACCUAACUCCCUGCAGCUUUGUGAGCUUAUCAAGACUAGAGUUGCCAUUUGGUUGAAGAGUCACUCUAUUGGGAACUCAUACUCUUAUUCCAUUCAUGAUUUUAUAUUUAACUUCAACCAGACCAGGAGAUGCUGUGAUGUAGAUGGUAGAGAGAUUGAAAGUCAGAGGGUGUAUGACAUGGAAUUAUGGCUGUGUGCUCCCUUGGAAUUAUUGGAGGUUGAAGCUGCUGUGUAG